UGCAAACAGCGGCUUCACCUUUCUGAGCAUGCGCGUCACAAGCUCUUUCACUACUUGCGGACGGACGGACUGGUGAAUGAUGACGAAGAUGCUGCACUUGUUUGUGGUCCUGGUUCUGAUCGGUCUGGGCUCGGGAGAGGAGGGAGCCCGUUUGCUAGCCUCUAAAUCCCUGCUGAACCGCUAUGCCGUGGAGGGCCGUGACCUCACCCUGCAAUACAACAUCUACAACGUGGGCUCCAGUGCUGCUCUGGAGGUGGAGCUUUCAGAUGAUUCUUUCCCUCCUGAGGACUUUGGAAUUGUUUCAGGAAUGCUGAAUGUCAAAUGGGACAGGAUUGCACCAGCCAGCAAUGUCUCCCACACGGUGGUGCUACGCCCCCUGAAAGCUGGUUACUUUAAUUUCACCUCUGCGUCUGUCAGCUACUUGGCCCAGGAGGGAGGACAAGUUGUGGUUGGCUACACCAGCGCCCCAGGCCAGGGAGGCAUCCUGGCUCAGAGGGAGUUUGACCGCCGCUUCUCACCACAUUAUCUGGACUGGGCUGCGUUCGGUGUGAUGACUCUGCCCUCCAUCGGCAUCCCUCUGCUUCUCUGGUACUCCAGCAAAAGGAAGUACGACUCGCCAAAGGCCAAGAAAAACUGAGAAGGCACCGCUGGGUUUAAGGCUGGGGGGUGGGGUGGGGAGAGGUGGGGUGGGGAGAGGUGGGGAGGGGAGAGGUGGGGAGGGAACUCAAAGGGUGUAAUGGGCACAGGAUGUCUGAAUAACCCAUAUUGGGGGUGAAAGUUAAAAGAAAAGGACAAUGAGUGAGAGAAAGGUGAGUGUGAUUUGAUCAAAGAAGCAGUGUGAUUAAGAGAGGAUCAGGAACACCAACAGAAGCAAGGUGAAAGGCCUCAGUGCGGUUACCAAACCAUGAUCAUGUACAUGAAAGCUCUGUUCUCAGCUGCAGCUCGAGCUGCUGCUCAUUCCGUCAUAUUUGCAAAAGGGUUCGUGUGACAGAACAGUUACAUUAGCAGUGCCACUGUAACAGGUUUUUUUUUUGCAGUUUUGUAAUUGUGUAUGUAAUAAACUCAGAAUUCAGGGUUAUAGCCAGUUGUUGAACUGCAAAAUAAAUUAAUAAAAUCAAGCUGGGUUUUUCUAAAGCUGUGUCUGAUCUCAGAGAUUUUUUUUGGUAACAUUUUACAUUCCCACGAUACCACAGAAAUAAAAGAUUUUAAGAGGAUCCU